CAGAUCAAGCCUUUGUGACCCUUGCUACCGAUGAUGUGUACUGUCAAGGUGCUCUGGUUCUUGGACAGUCAUUGAGGAACCAUACAACAUCUAGAAAAUUGGCAGUGCUAAUUACACCAGAGGUUUCCAGUGGGAUGAGGUCUGUCCUCCGCAGCGUGUUUGAUGAAGUCAUCGAGGUGGAUGCACUUGACAGUGCUGACUCAGUCCGUUUGGCUCUGAUGCAGAGGCCGGAACUAGGUGUAACCUUCACUAAACUUCGCUGUUGGACUCUUACUCAUUAUAGCAAAUGUGUCUUCAUGGAUGCAGACACUUUGGUGCUUUGCAAUGUUGAUGAAUUGUUUGAUCGAGAAGAGUUUUCAGCAGCUCCUGAUUGUGGCUGGCCUGACUGCUUUAAUAGUGGCGUAUUUGUGUUCCGACCUUCUUUGAAAACUUACAACUUACUACUCCGGUUCGCUGCUGAACAUGGCAGCUUCGAUGGGGGUGAUCAAGGCUUGUUGAAUAGCUUCUUCAGCAAUUGGGCAACAGCAGAUAUUGGCAAACACUUACCUUUCCUCUAUAACUUAAGCAGCAGCGCUGUAUACACCUAUGUUCCUGCUUUCAAUCAUUUUGGUAGAGAUGCCAAAGUUGUCCACUUCUUGGGAGCAACAAAGCCCUGGAACUACAAAUACAACCUUCAAACAAAGAGAGUUAUGCAGGAUGGCACCACCUCUGGAUCUUUUCAUCAGCUGUCAUUUCUUGCCCUCUGGUGGAAUAUAUACAGUGCCAGUAUAUUGCCUUUGUUAGAAAAACUUCAAAAGGUGGAGGAAUCAGAAUCUGAAGAAUGCAAGCACACUUUCAAUGGAGUUGAAAUUACACUGAAAAAGGUCAGUCCUUAUGUGGCCAAUUCGCUGCAAAUGUCUGUGCUUCCAGAGCAGACAUAUGAAAUAUAUCCCACAGCAUGUUCACCUGAGGAACUCGCUUUCAAAGCAAACGAGGUCACACAUUCUGUUUCAGAGCUGUCUAUUCACUUCAAACCAGAAGAACCAAGUCCAGAAGAUGAACGGAGAAAAUGGGAGGAAGGGCGCAUGGACUAUAUGGGGAAAGAUGCUUUUGAACGUAUCAAAAAGAAAUUGGAUGCAUUUUUACAUUAAGAUGGAGUGUACUGUAAUGGCCAUCACAAUCUGUUUUUUCUAUAAACGCAAC